CAGAGAGAGAGGGAGAGACAGAUAGGGGCCGGGGGAAAUUUGGGAAAAGGCUUCGGUGAGUGAGGCGGUGCUCCUCAUGGCAUUCCUAGGGCGGAUAACAGGGCCUAAGGUCCAGACUGCGCAGUUCUCUACCUUGGUUUGCUUACUUGGAUUGGCGAUUCUGAGCUCAUCGUCCUUCGAAGGACAGGUCGAAUCUAAACACUCCGGCGAUUGGAGUGGGGAUGGGGGACAAGCCCAAGUUUUGGCCCCAGGGAAGGGGGGCGCACCUACCUCCUUGGCAAUCAACAGCCCAAGUUCCUCGUUUCCAAGUCAGCAAGCUCCUGCUCCUGCUGGAGAGCGAGGUAGAAGCCAAUCGUCGUCGACAGGGACGAAGGUGGUCAACGUGACUGACGCACGAUCGCUGUUGGAGGCCAUGUCGACUACUCACGCGACGGCAUCCAGCGUGUCCAUUGUCAUUUUAAGCGACUUGUCCUUGGCCGAGGCCCCACCAUCGGAUUCUGUGCUUAUCGAUCCUGCCGUCCAUUUUACAGUGAAAGGCGACUGCCGUUCUCGUCGAUGCGUUGUAGAUGGUGGUGGGAGUGCCGAGGCCCCGGUGAUAUGUCACAAUGGGACAUCCGGGUCGGCAUCGGGAUCGUUCCAUCUGUACAACUUGGAAGUCGUGAACGUGCGUUUCCUGUUUGUUCAAGCCAACGUCGAGUUCCAGGACUGCAGCUUCGGUCGAGGUACUGAAAUGGAGUUCAAGUACCCCCCCCCCCCUCCCUCGAUGGGGGAUACAGAUCGACCAACGAGGGUUGUCAUGGGUGGGUGCAGAUUUGGCGAGAACGCGGAGGGACAACACCAUGAUGGGCGUGUGGUGUUUGCCAGUCUGCCAACGACGGCGUGUAUCUCGCACUGCGUCUUCUCUUCAUCGGCCGCCGCUGUAAUGGGUGUUCAUGCCGUGAUGGUGACAGCUGCUGGUUUCUUCGAAGAGAAGAGGUUGACUUUCCUCAACUGCACAUUUGGUUAUGUUCCACAAGCCGGGGCCUUCCAACCCGGAGCAGUGUAUUUGAGGUUCCUCGCCGAUGAUCUGCCAUCUUCCUCUUCUUCUGCCUUUCCCUCCCCCUCUCUCUCUCCUGCUUGGCCCAGUCGGAGGUGGGACACGGUAGUCGCUCUCAUCAACUGCACUUUCCUCCAGGAUGUAGACAACGGCGGCGCCCGGUCUACGCUCUUCAUAGACUCCGGGUCGCUCCCGCCGCCGCGUUCUUCUUCAUCUUUUUCAUGGUCGUCGACAGAGAGAGCAAGAGGGGGACAGCCUGGAACUACCGGUAGGUGGGACAAUCCGUUCCAGCACGUGCGAAUCUGCGGCGUGAGGUUCGCAGCAGCAGCAGUGGACUCGAAGGAGGAUCAUGGCGAGAAAAGGACAGUUCCCCUAGAUUUCAACGAGACUGAAGUCGUGGUCAAUUCGGUCGGCAAGGACCGGUCGUUGGCUGUGCACCUGUGCCCCGCUGGUAGUGCUGGUAGCGGGUCUGGGAGCGGUGAGCUUCGUCGCCCUAUACACAUCGAAGUCAGCGAGAGCAUAACAGGCAUGACGUUGAUUGACCGGGAUUCGCUCGGUUGUGCCGAGUGUCUUAAUGCGUCUGCCACAUCUUGCACGUUCACCUCUGGUCCGGUAGUCUCGGCAGAAUCUGGGGGAGGCAGAGAGCUUGGAGUAUUUCUCAUUUUCGUGAUUACGAUUGCUUCUGCGAUGGCGAUCUGUUGUUGUUGGUGGUGUUUGCCAUGGGGUUGGUUUCGACGGGCGACCGGUGUGUGUACUGGAGCCCCGUGCCAAGAUAAGAACCACCCCCCCUACACCUAUGACCGUUUGAUUAAGUAUAGAUUAACGGAGAUAAUGGCGGGGACGGCAAACCUGGCAGAUCGAAUCGGGGAGGGAAGUAGCGCGGACGUUUACAAGGCGGUGCUUCGGGUCGACCGGGACAGUAGGAGAAGACAGGAGGUGGCGGUCAAGAAGCUCAGAAGCCACCGGCUUUCUAAUCAGAGGGAGUUCGAGAAUGAGCUUCGCGCCCUCGGUCAAAUAUCUCACAGGAACGUCGUUCAGCUAAUUGGGUACUGCCACGAGGGGGAGGACUAUUACCUUGUCAGCCAGUACGUACGGAACGGGACUCUCCAUCGCCAUCUGCACGGACCGGAUGGUUUGACGACGCUCGACUGGCCGACAAGAGUGCGCAUAGCACGUGGGAUCGCGGAUGCGUUGAAUUACCUCCACAGCUCGGCGCGCAGCGAGUUCGCCCUUGUGCAUCACGACAUCAGGCCGUCGAACAUCCUGCUGCUCAACAAUUUCUGCCCAAAAGUUGCAGACUUCGGUCUGUCGGUCUUGACGAACGCGCGGGGAUGCGCUCGGCCGAGAGAUGCUCCCGAGGGCGAUGGAUACACAGCCCCUGAGCUACGGGAGGAACCAACGCCGCCGGACCUGCGCUCAACUCCCAAGGUUGACGUCUACAGUUAUGGGGUCUUGUUACUGGAGAUCCUCACCGGGGAAGGUCCGCCAGAAGCGGAGGCGCGGGUGCUGAACCUUGUCCAUCGCAGAGGACAGCCUCAGGAGGAGGAGGAGGUUGAGGACGAGAUGAUGGAGCAGCUAAUUAGAUAUCAGGUAGCAGAGCAACUUGUGGACAGACGACUCGGGCAGGAUUACGACUACCAGCAGGUGUACUCCAUGGCCGCUAUGGCCUUACGAGGCGGAGCCAUGCCUCUGGCCGUGAUGGCAGCUCGAAAGGGGAAUGAGCCCCCGCACGGGGUGAAGGCUGACGACAAGAAAGACAAGAGCGUGGCGCAAAAAUCGCGUGACAACGGCACUGAGGAAGAGGAAGCCAGUGACGACGAUGAUGAGGAGGGCGAAUUGAGCGACGACGAUGAGGAGGAGGAGGAAACGAGCGAGAAAACGAGCGAGAAUGCCGAUUCAGAAGACACAGACUCAGAGGAUGAUGAAGGGAAGAACGAGUCGGGAAUUGAUGUCGACAUGUUCAAGAAGAGUCUAUCUGGAGAACUUUUAGGAGAAACGAAGCAGAUAAUAGCACAGGAGGUGAGAAGAAGACUGUACAACAAAUCAAGCAAGAGUGAGAAACCUCCUUACAACUUGGGAAAGCGCGGCAGGAACGCACGUGUGUACAACAAGCAAGCUAACUACCACGUGAACAUGAAGAAUGUCGAACUAGUUCUGAAGGAAGAUUGCUGCAAGGCCAACUGUUACAAGAAGUUCACGGCGGUAGAUGUUUUCUACAAGCGCGAAGAAUUUUGGGCGAUGAAACAACCUGAGCAACUGAACUUCUUUGUCGCAGAGAUGAGGUCUGCGUCGUACUUUUUGGAUGAGAGAGAUUUAGAGGUGUUAAGGGUGACGUUCAACGGCGUAAAGGUUUGCACAAAAGCGUGGGGAAAGCUGUACGGAUGCUCGACUACACAUGUUGCAAAGAUACGCAAAGAAUUCAGAGAAGGAAUGGUGCUGUACGAGCAUGCAAACAAAGGAUCAGUCGGAUUAUCUGCUUCAUCACAACAAAUUUUCGCCAGGUUGCAUGAAUAUUUCCGAUAGAAUACAGAGAGUAUGCCAAACAGAGACCAGUUUCAUCUUUCAGAUACUCUCCGGCACAGAGACGU